CCUAACCAUACACCUAUACUAUUGCUAUAAUAUAUGUUUAAAUAACAUUGACUUCAUCGCAAUUAUUACAUAUAUAAUCCUACUUGCCUGGCAUAUCGCAUACACAUCGCCCUGAUGAUAGGCAUAUAUGGUGAAUAACGCAUAUUCUAUAGAUACCCUUGCUUUAUAUGUAGUGUUUGCCGAUGGAAGAAACAGGCACUGUUACUGAGGGAUUAGUUACGGUCAGCAGCCUGUCUGUUGAUGGGCAACCUCUGUUCUAUAACCCUCCGCAAGUCUUCAACCGUGAUUUAUCGUUAAUAGUACUCAAAACGUUUGUGGAAUAUGAAAAAGAUCGAGCUGCUACUUUGGUAUCAUCCAAUGGCAAUUCAGUUGUCAAAGACUUUGUCGGAGUCAACGUUCUGGAGAUGCUAGCGGCAACAGGGAUACGAAGUAUUAGGUACCUCAAGGAACUAGGGGACUAUGUUAACCAUGUCUACAUAAAUGACUUAGAUUACAAUUCGGCGAGCGCUAUUGCUAUCAAUUGCAGGAAUAAUGGCAUCAGCGAAUCACGUUAUCGGGCAAUAUGUGCUGACGGUAACCAGUUAGCACAGCUGUUGACACCACCAGCUGAUGUACUGCGGCUGAUGCUAAUGAAUGGACAUAUACAGAAAGUGCCUUGUGGACAUUUACCCAAUAAAGAUUUUACAGGACAUGAGGAGUACAACAACAGAGUUGAACGCUUCCUUGAUGUUAUCGCAGUCAGUGCCCGAAGUGUGGAUAGCACUAAAUAUCGCAAUGUAAUCGACGUAAUUGAUGUCGAUCCGUAUUCAACAGCUACUGUGUUCCUCGAUUCGGCAAUCCGAUGUGUAAAAAGCGGCGGAAUGCUUUUCGUUACAUCCACGGAUAUGCCAACUCUCUGUGGGAAUAACCCUCUCGUGUCAUUUUACAAGUACGGUGGAUCCAGCAUCAAGGCUACAUUUUGCCAUGAACUAUCACUAAGGAUUCUACUGUACACCAUUGCAACUACAGCUUCCAAGUACCAGCGUGUUAUGGAGCCUAUGAUAUCCGUAAGUGCUGACUUUUACGUUCGCGUGUUUGUGAGAAUUACAAGCAACGCUCUGGAGUGUAAACGCUUAAGUGAGAAAUGUGGCAUCCUACUACUAUGUGCUCAGUGCGCGUCAUUCCGCAUUAUAAAACUUGGCGAGUUCAGCGCACCUAAACAGCGCCCAGCAUCGCUACCUAGCGACGUUACUGGCACCUGCGAUGAAUGUAACGGCCGCCUGAAAAUAGGCGGUCCUUUGUACAUUGGGCCAUUACACAACCAGGAUUUUGUCAGGGCUGCGCUUAGGAAUGCACAAGACGCUAAGGAUACGCUACCCGGAGUUACGCAGAAUGCUAAGAUCAUAGGUACGCUCUCGGCGAUAUCUGAGGAAAUUGACGGGGCACCGCUAUACUAUAACAUACCCUAUCACUGCCAGCGCUGGAAGCUAACCACCAUUAGCCCAGUGGUGUUCAAGAGUUGCCUUGAGAAACUAGGAUACAGGGCAUCACACUUCCACAGGGAGCCUCAAUCGUUGAAGACGGAUGCACCUAAUAAAGUGGUAAUGGAUAUUAUACGUCAGCAUGCCAUUGACCACAGUAAAACCACUGACCAUCCGUUUUUCAAGACUCCCAUACAGACUACUGGAAUAGAUUUGUCAGAACCGGAACAGACGGUAAAGAAAUCUGUAGCGAGGUGGCUACAGAAUCCAACGAGUCAUUGGGGUCCGAAGAAAAUGCAUCGCCAAGCAGCAUCGUCUAGAGCAAUACUGCAAAAAGAGAACGAACCUAUGGAAUAAAU